AUGAAAAGAAACAUCCGCCAAAUUCCAGGAAAAGCGACCCUGUUUAUGGUCCUAAAACAGGACCCUAUUCAAGUCGAUAAUGAAUCUGGCCAGGUAGAAACAAAACAGAAUUCACAAGACCUGGCAUGUGACCCUCCUGUGAUCAGCAAAUCAGACGCCAAUGUUGCGUCCCUUUCUCCCCCUUCUUCUUCUCCGUCCACCACCUCCUCUUUGUCUCCCCCUGCUUCUUUCCCCUCGAGAACCGCUAGAAACUCCCUGGGAGCACGAUUCCUGGAUAUCGGAACACAAAGUAGUGUUCUAGCUGGAGAAGGAAUUCACGAGUCUCCUACGAGGUCAGCUAUUCAAAGAGCAAAGGACAAAAGGUCAAGGCCAAACCAUCUCCAAAAAGGGAAACUACCGAAAGAUAAAAGAAAAUUGAGAGAAAAGCGUAGAAGUACUGGGGUAGUUCACCUUGCAUCUACAGAGAGUACAGGAGACUCAUUAGAUGAUGAUGAUCAUGAAGAGGAGAAGCUGAGUGAGGCAAAACGGAAUACAUCGUAUAAUGAGGUGAUAGAUGCUGACAAUCCACAAACACCUUCAGAGGUAAUGCGUAGAAUACAACAGUUUCAGACCAUGAAUAUAUCCACUGGUAGUAGUUCUAGUCAUGAUACAAAAACUACAGCAAAACUUAUGGGACCAAGGGGAUUUGUGUCUAGGAGGAACAAGAGUCCAUCUGACCUUGAAGCAGACUUGGAGGACAACCAGGACUAUGAUAGUGCUGUUAGCCAAUCCGAAUCCAACUUUGUUCUAACCGACCAAUCAGGGACAAGGAAUAGAGGCAAUGAAACAAGAAAAUCCUCAUGGACUAGCCAAUCAAAAUUGAGCUCAGAAUCAGUGCAGUCUUUCAAACCAAAUGUGUCUCAAAGAGAUCAUGCCUCACAUACAUUCCAUAAUAAUGUUCAUUCUCAAGGCCGUUUUGAUUACGAUAGACAACCAGUGUCAUAUUCUAGUCACGAGCCUCGAUCGCCGCGAUCCCCAAAAUCACCACGGUCCCCGAAAUCACCAAGAUCUGUAAAUCAAAAUGUAAACCAAACGCGGGAACCAGUAAGGCCAGUUUCUAGUGUUUUAGCUCGGUACCAGGCCCAGGAUAAGCAGGAAGAGCCUUCAGGAGGGUACAAGUCACGAUUUCGAGAUCGUGAGUUUGGAGGUGUACGUGGCCCUGUUGGGCAACAGUUUGCUUCGUCAAAGAUAAACAAAGAAAGUAGAGAUGAUGAAGCAAGCAGGAGAAAACUAGAAAAGGACUUGGAGAGAGAACGGGAUGAAAAUCAGAGAUUACAGAAAGUUUUAGAGGAGAAGGACAAAAAAAUUGCUGAUCUUGAACGCCAAGUUGCCAUGUUAAAUAGGGAUUUAGUGGACUGUAAUGAGGACAUGGAAAAACUGCAGAUAGAAAACAGAGCUCUGAUACAAGCUGUGGGUCAACUGAGUACAUCUGGCACCCAUGUUUAAAAUAGUGUGGACAUACAAUGCCUCAAUAUCUGGUAUCCAUGUAUAAAUUUUAUGGAUUUACAAUGCUUAAAACAUCCUGACACCCAUUAUAUAAUGAUGUGGACUUAUAUCACAAUGCCUCAUUGUGAAGCCUUAUCAAUUGAGCCAGUUAUUACACAAAUUUGUAUUUCUACAUACAUGCUUGAGCUCGCAGUAUCCUACAAAACAAUGUGACAAGCUAUCUUGAUAUAAUGCUAAAUGUUCAUCACAGCUUGGUGCAGUGUUGUUACAAUAGAGGCCUUGCAAAAAAAGAAACAGAACUUGUUUCGAAACAUGACUGUAAAAAAAAAAAGGAAAAAAAAAAUCACUAAGAUUACAUACUUUAAAUUGCCAUUAUGGUUACAGGUAAUGAAAUUUGAAUCUGAAGACCAUUUUCAAACUGGGGCAUAUGAUUGGUCGAUUCAAAUUUGAAAUUGACCAAUUAAAAAUGUGCUUUUAGACUCACUGCUUUCUAGAGUUCAUUUUAAUAACCAGUUACAUUAUAUGAGUCACAGUUCUCGCCAUAAAGCACCAAUUGCUCUGCUUUAUUAAUAUAUUGAUGUAUAUUUGUGUAUGUGCCAAGCCAAGUAGUUGAAGCUCUUGUGUAGUGGGAGAAAUGUGGUGAUAUUAAUUACCAUUUUCAUUUUUCGUUCACCUAUUUGGCAUAAUCUGAAGGCAAUGAUUUAAAAAGAAAAAUAGGCAAGUUUUUAUGUUUUGAAACAGAGAAUAGAAUAUUACCAAAGAAUAAAUAUAGACAUCAGCCAUAUUCAGUAAUACAUUUCAUUGAUUGGUUGAAUUAAGAUGGUAAUUUGUAAAAAUUGACCAAUAGAAAUCCUGCAUUUUUGACUGUGUUUCAAAAUGAAUAAAUAGUGUCAGUCUUAAGUCUUUGCACAAGGGUCUUUACUCUUAGUUCAGUUAAAACUGGUGGAUACUGUUUGGACACAUGCGUAAGAUGUACUAUGUGUACAACUUAAAAUAGGAUGAAAUUACUUGAAUUGCCAGCACAUUCUGAAAGUAUGUACCGCUAUAGAAAUAAUAAAAUGGAUCUUUUGUUUGGGAAUGUGUUAAAUCUGACAAGACUAUAAGAUUUAUUAGAACAUGUCUGUUAUGAUACAAUUUAUCCAUUUUUUUCUCAAUAUUAUUUCAUUUCUAAGAAAGAAAUUAAUGAUGUAAAAGAAAAGUCAGAAAUGAUUAAAAAUAUCUAAAUAAUUUAUAUUAUUGAAAGUUUGACUGUAAACUUGAAGUUUUUUCAAACUUCUAAAAAUCUCGUCCAUUUCCUCAUUUACAUACAAAUAUAAAUAUAUCUAGCACUCACUUUUCAUUGGUCUCUGGGUCAUCAAGUAUAACCUCGCCUUGUUUUUCAUUUACGGCCUAAAUUUGCGAAUAGUUUUGAAUGCCUUUUACGAAUCAUUGUUAAGUUAUAUGUUGUUUUAAAGAGGAAAAUGCAAAUAUUCUUUUGUAUCAUUGGGGUAGAUAUUCUAUAUAUAAUUAUGUUAAAGUGACAUUAUGCCCAUCCAAGGGAAUAGGAAGACCAAUGGUAUAUAAUUAUAUAUUAUUAUUAUCAAAAGAUGUUGUACUAUUAGUAUUACAUAGAAGUUGUUUAACACUUGAAGUGCAAAUGGCGGUAUGAAGCCUAAGCCAUCAGUAUGAAGCCUUGGCAGUCUGUACAAUAAUUACUGUACUGAUUGACUAGGCACUACAUUGUCUUCAGCUCAAAAAUAAGUAUUUAAUCAAUAGCCUGCUGGCAGCAACUGGUUCUACGCAUACGGCCAGUGCAGAUGAAGGUCAUCCAGUACAUGUACAGUUCUGUGCUGUCUGAUCAUGGUCGGCACCAUUCGCUAUAAGUCAGUGCUUGUUCUGAUAUUUCCCAAAAAAUUAAUGAACGGUUUUGUACAGAUUGGUAAAUUGGACAUGUAUUUUUGAGAUAUUAAGCAUGGUAAUGGUUAAAUCUCGAAUUCUGCCUUGUGUAGCAUACAGCCAAGAAUGUAGCUUAAAAAAAUUUAUUAAAGACUUUGUAUAAUGAGCUGACUGAAAUGUUUCACAACCAAAGAAAUUGUUCAUUUAUGUAAUAUUAUUAUGUUUUGCUGAUUCAGCAAAAAUGGUUUAUGUACUUUUUUUCAAGUUUUUUUUCUUCUUCAAACUUUGAUGUUAGUCACAUUUCAGUAACAGAUAAAAAAAAACUCAUGUGGUGAUAUGUAAAAGUAUUAAAAUUAAUUCAUGUUUUACAGUGAUAGAUAGCCGUUGUUUUUGUUGAUUUUAUAAGGUUUGUGUUACACAUUGUAUUCUUGUUAUUUUGAUAUUUGAUUAUUUAUUGACGCAAAUAUAUUUAAUGAUUACACAGUUAUUUAUAGAUGUGUUCAGUUAACUAUGCCAUAUGUAUUCAUGGUGCAUGUUUUGUGUUGUUUUUCGAGUUUUUGUUGACCAAGAUUAUUCUCUGGAAAAAGCCAAUUUAUUGAUUCCGGCUCGCCAUAUGAAAUUUUUUUAUAACGCUAUUGAUGCACUAUAUUUUAGGGACGUCACAAUAGGGGACUUAGUUAAUAGUAAAUAUUACACAAUAAAAUUGUUUUAGCGUUUUAGUUACUUUUGUAGUCAGACUAAAUUUCUAAAAAUAGAUUAAAACGAUUGUGACUUGAUUGUUAUGUGUAAGAAAAUAAAUAUUGUACUGAACAGUCAUUUUUAAGGAAUUCUUUAGAACUUAGAAAUCGAAAUGCCUUAAGGUUUUGUUGUUUUUUUCUUAUUGAUAAACAAUCUUUAAGCAGAAAAGUAAUUGAAGAAUUUUUAAUUGGUUGUAAAGAAAAGAAAGUAUUAUAUAGAACACAAGACUAAGUAUGGAUAAAUGGUGUUUAGUUGUAUUGAUUUGGUAAUUUUUGUUUUGAGCCCGAAUCAAGUUGAAAAUGGUUGGUAUUUAUGUAUAGAACUUAGCUGAAAGGCCAAUUAUGCCUCAGAAAUGCUAUCAUUUUUAGAAAUGUGGAUUUUUGAGACAUAUUGUGCCUUUAAGAAUGGCUGUAUGGCAUAGAUUACCUUUUAAUAGGAAUAUAUCAUUACACAAAAAUAAUAAUAAUUAUUAUGUAUGUUAUAUAUUGAUAAAAAUAGGCUUAUAUUUACUAUUGUGCUCAAAGUAUUUGAUUUAUGCUGAUAGUAUAUAGCAACCAGGUGAUAAGAAAGCUGUGCUUUGCAUUUUUUUUUGUGCUAUGUGUUCAUAAAAUUGACUGGCGGCACGAGAAAAUAACCCUAUUCAUUGAUUCCUAUUUUAAUUCAUUUUAAUUGGCAUAUUUAAUUUCUUAAGAUAUUCAAAUAUGUAAAAGCUCUUGAAAUGAUGAUAAAAAACUAUUGACAUCUGCUUAUCCAUAGUUAUUGAUAAUUAUCAUCAAGACCAGUAAGGUAAUACAGAUUUUGAUUUUUAAUGUCCACAAGAUAAACGUCUUUUGAGGACAUUUUCAAAUGAGGGAAAGGGUCGUUUUGCCAUGCCGGCAGUCUUAUUGUAAUACUAAUGUAUAAAGUAUGUUUAUUUUAGGGAAAACUGGAUCUGAAUUAUCAUUAUUUUUGCUUUUAUUUUUAUUCCAGACAUUAUUUCUACAAACUUUUUUACUGUAUAUGUAACAUAUUUCUACAAAAAUUUCAAUAGAAAUGACCAAAGGUAGAUAAUUUUGUAUAAUUCUGUUUCAUUUGUACAGAACAUAAUUGACCAAAAAAAAUCAACAUUUAAUUAAUUUCUAUGUAAGCUUAUAAGCUUGUUGAAAAAGUCACCAUUUGAUUGCUUUAAAUUUUGAUUUUAGUUAAAAGCUUUAAAAUGCUUUAAUUUUUGUUUUUAGGCUUUUUUUUUUGCACAAAUUUUUGAAUCUGGAAAAACAGAGUAAGGAAAUGAUCUGAAAUUUUACACACCAAUUAUUGGUAAAGACCUGUAUCAAAUGGUAAAAAAAUUCUCUAGAAAUAUUUCUGGUCCCGUCAUAUAAUAUAAAACUCAGUGUAGUCCCUUUAAAUAAAAGAUGAUUUUUUUGUUAUCCAAAAUAAAUAUCUACAAUAUUAAUUUACUACAAAAUAAAUAUUUUUUUGUUGCAGCUUAAAGGAACUCCACUGAGGUCCAAAAGCCUUGAAAUACAAAAUUUAAAUUUCUUACAUAGAUAAGUUGUGACACUUAAGACAGAAAGAUAUGCAAAAGAUGAUAAAAAAAUAUGCCCCGAAAUAUAUUGAAAAUCCUAUAUUUUGAGCUAUUGUUUUGCCAGUUUUGAGUGAAAUGCAUUGCAAUGCUUUUCAAUUUUGGGUCCAUGAGAAUAAUUUUUUUCUUGAUCAACGGAGUGGGCAAAUGAUCUGAUAUUUUGCACACAAGUUAUUGGUCUAGACCUACAUCAAAAGGAACAUUAAUCUCCGAAAAAUUAUUUCCAGUAACAUCAUGUUAAAAAAAAAAAAUCAGUCGAGUCCCCUUAACAAUGCAAUAGUACAAUAAUAAUUUAAAAUGAUUUUUAAAUGGGGGUAUAUUUUUGCUCACUACAUAAACAGCAUAAUAUGCUAGUAUUAAAACUAAGCAUUUACAAUCCAUAAAUUUGGGAGAAAUAACACACAUUGAGAAUUCCAUAUUGCAGUUUGAAUGAUUUUUUAGAAUUAUGA